GUUGAAGCAAAUCUAGUUGCUUGUCUUCCCACCUUGCCUUGUGAUGGGACAACAGAGAACAAGAACAGAGAUAAAACAAAAAUGAACACUCAAAAGGUGCAGAAAAAUAAGUGUGAUAUGAAAACAGAUCUGAACUUACUUCUUGAAUGUCUUAAAUAUCAGAUGGACUGCCCUCUGUCUCAGAAAGAGGCUUUGAUCACUAUCUAUUCCAUUUGCCAACAAAACAGUGAAGCAAGCGAAUACUUUCGAGAAAUUGGUGGUUUGAUAUUUAUAAAUGACCUUGCCAAGUCAAGUGUUCAUUGCAUCGUAAAGGAAGCAGCUUUAUUUACAUUGGGGAUUAUUGUAGAGAGUAAUGUGUAUUGUCAACAGACUUUGUGUACUUCUGCAUUAUUUGAAGACCUCAUUUUAUUCUUAAUUAAAAAGGAUUCUGGUGUGAACUUGAAAAGAAUGUCUGUUUAUGUCAUCUUAGUACUGGUUUCAAAUAAUAAAAAUGGGCAAACCUAUGUCAGAGAUACAGGUUGCAUCAGCCUGCUGCUGCAGUUAUUCAGAACAACACUCUCCACCUCUGAGAAGAAUCUGUCAGAUGAAAAUACUGAUCCCUGCUAUCAGCUCUGGUCCUCAGUGUGCAGCACUCUCUGUGCCUGUGUCAACAACCCCCAGAAUGAAGAUAAUCAAAAUAUUUGCUGUUCAGUUUUUCCCUUUGCCAAAGAGUUGCUAGAGAGUUGCACAGAGCCUGGGAUAGUUCGUCCUAUUUGUUCAUUUCUCGGUCUCACAGUUGCAAAUAACUCAUAUGUGCAGAAAUAUUUUGUUUCUAUUGGAGGAUUGGAUACAUUAGCCAAAGUUCUCCUUGAGCUUAUGCAUGAUGCCUGUUUCAGUCUCUCCAGCAUGAAACUUGCAGUGGUAGUAACAAAGACUCUGGAUGCCUGCAUUGCUAAUAACUCUGCAGUGGGUGUUGUCUUGGCAAAGUAUCACACUGUGUCAGAGCUGCUGAAACUGCUGUCCAAUGAGACACUGAGCACAGGAGAAAAAAUCAGUAUUAUUCUAACAAUUGGACACUGUACUGAAGUUUCUGAAGAAAACCAGUGUGAGCUGCUUCAGAACAAUGGUCUGCCACUUAUGAUUCAGGUAUUGACAGAAUCUCAGGAUGAGGAACUCAUCAGAGCUGCUACUUUUGUGCUGCAGAACUGCAAACAAAUGACUGAACAGUUGUCUCUGAAAUUAUGUGAUAACUCAUUAAAUGUGAACAGUGCAGAAGAGUUGGAUGUGCAAGUCAGAAAAAGUUGUCUAAAAGACUACUGGAAGAAAGCAGAAGAAAUUCUACACAGAAUAAACUCACUUGAAAAAGAGCAUAAUGAGGAAAGAGUGCAGGGAGAAAUAUUUGUAGACAAAUUUUCAAUAGCCAAUUCUGAAGCAUUAAAAUCUGAUGAAGUGAAUCGUGCUGAUCCAAAGAAGUACACAGAAAGAACACAGAAAGAUGUCUGUUCUCCACAGUUGAUCUCAAAAUUGAAUAAUCAGGUUCUUGCUCCAUCUGUAACUUCUGCUCCACAAAAAAAUGAAACAGGGAACACUAUGGAUGCAGCUUCUACCAAACAAACUGAACAGAGGAACAUUCCAUGUUCAGUCCCUGAGCUGCAAACAGACAACGUACCUCAAAGUCACAACAAUAUAAAUGGAAAAUCUGCUUGGGGAGAAAAUCAGUCUGGUCUUCAAGCAGGUGAACAGUUAUGUAAACAACCAGCAGAGAGUGUUAGAAAUAUUAAACAGACACGCACAUCAGAUCAGCAUUUAUUCUGCUCAGAGAAUACUGAGAGAGUUACAAGUACUUCAGCAACAUCUUCAUCCCAUAAAAUGGCAGAUUUAAGGUGUUUAGGCUGCACAGCAGGACUGUCCUUUAACAGUAAAACUUUCACCAAGAUGUUGCAGAGUUGCCUGCACAGGUGUGAGCAGCACAGAGUCAUCCUGGAGGCUGAAGAACGAUACCGAGGGGACCUCCACAGGGUGGCUGCUGGUAACAACAGCAGAUCUGCAACUCACCAAAAAACACUGCUGGCCCCAGUGAAGAAAGACAGGCUGCAUAAAGAGAUACCAACUUUUAGGAGCAAGGAUACUUUGCAAAGCAUUCUUUUGACUCCAAAUAGAAAAGACAAAUCUAAUACUUCAAAGAGAGAUGAACAUAGUAGAAAUAUUAGGUGGACUAGCAACUAUAACUUGACACCUGCAUAUGAAAAGUCUUUACGACAAACCCAAGAUGCUAACCUGAAGAGACAGAGAGUCAAAGAGAUGUGCAGCCAGAAGUGUCAGAACUUAAAAGAAAAUUGCACACAUUCACUUGACAAAGAUGAGGGCAAUGAAAUGUGUUCCCUGGCCAUGAGCAUGAGACCUUUGAACAAGAGAAGAGCCCGGAAAGAUUUCACAACUGAAGAAAUCAACUGCCUUUUGAAAGGAGUACAAAAAAUGGGCAACCACUGGAAUCUGAUUUUGUGGUCUUACCCUUUCCAGAAAGGACGGACAAGUGUUGAUCUUUCCAAGAAGUACUACAGGUUACAGGUGCAGAUGAAAAAAGCCCACAAAGGACAUCAAUAA